GGGCCGGCCAGUCAGUCUUGCUCCGGCAGCCGUCGUAAGGGGGUUGUGUGAUCUGCAGGAUGUCACUGAUGACUGGAGUUAAGCCUACACAUUAUUAUCUCCUGGCCCUGACUGCUGCUGGUGUGCUUCUCUUCUACUACUUUGGAAAGAACAAAGAUGCCGUGCAAGUUGACAUACUUCAGACCGCAGGCUUUUCAGGGUCGCAGAGAUGCGAGAAGUGCGUGAAGCCUUGCACAGUGGUGGGACUCUCCAGCAUCGAGCAGUACAGAAAAUAUCUCCACCAUACAGAGACGACCUGCAAAACGCUCGUUCAGUUUGGAGGUAGAAAGCCUGCACCCAGUGAUGGACGCAAGUUUGUGUGUCUGGACAAGAGGUUCAACAUUAAACCUGGCAACUGUACAGUCUUCUCCUUUGGCAUCAAUAAUGAAUGGUCCUUUGAGGAUGAUAUUGCAAAAUUUGGCUGUAAGGUGUAUGCAUUCGACCCCACCAUGGGUAAGGAAGACCACCAACAUUCAGCUAAAUUCAGUUUUUUUGCUGUAGGCAUUGCUAACUACAAGGGCACCAAGAAGAUUGGCAUGGGCACCAAUUUUGCUAUGAGAAAGGUGGAUCGCUUUGAGAACUUGGUCAAUGACCUGGGCCUGGCAGGGACAGAGAUUGACUUUGUGAAGCUGGAUGUGGAGCUCUCAGAGGUGGACUUCCUACAGGAUAUGAUAUUCAACUCUCCACAUGUGCUUAAAAAUAUCAAGCAGAUUGCCAUGGAAGUUCACGACGACUAUUUCAAAGGUGACCUAAGUCAGACAAGCAGACAGCAGGUGUUCUGGCCAUACUUCAUGAUGCUCCAGUGUAUGGACUUCCGGUUGAUACAGUCUCGUGAUGCAGGACGGUGGAGAGAGGUGGUGUGGUCGCAGGAAGGCAACUUUUAGUUCCACCCUCUUGUCCACUUUUUAUAACUUUGUGUGCCAGCGUGUGUGAAAAAGAUGAUUUGUAAAAUGAAACAGAAUAUUCAGUGUGCCUAAUCAGUUGUUGUUAGUGGAGAUAUGAAAAUGUAUUGCAGCAAGUCACUAUGUUGAGAAUUUUCUUGUCUUACCAAAAUAGGGAACAUUAUAACUUUUCACUGUAUAGUAAGACUUUUGCUGUUCUUAUGGGGAUUAAAUUUUUAUGAAGUUACAUAAAGUACAAGUCUUGUGCAACUUCAUUUAUAGGUUUUUUAUUUACUUUUUUUUUUAUUAAUAAUAACUCAAGUUCGUUCUUAUCUUUUCUGCAGACUUUUUCUAGAGUCUAUCAUCCAAACUUUCUAAAGUAGUAUCAUAGGGUUUUUAGUUUCAUCAGUCUCCAUCUUUACAUUUUUCUACAUUGAAAUCCUUCAGACAUUUUACACACCUUAUGCUUAAUUUAUCCAAACCUUUUAAGUAGUGUUCCUUCUUGCUGUGCAGGUGAACAACAAUCAAACAUUGGAAAUAAGUCAUUCUGUCUGACUUUUUUGGGUUAUCCUAGGUUCUUUACACAUAUGCUGCUAUGUAUGAUAAUCUAUGUAGCUGUAUUUGUGUAUACCUGAAUAAACUUACUUACAAACAAGCACCAUGCUCUAGUUACUGAAGCUGUGUACAUUCUCAGAGAUGGCAACUUUAGUUGAGUUAGUAACCUGUUCUUUUUUUUUUUGUUGAUUUAAUUAUUUCUUGCUGUAUAUUGUACUUCUUAUGUACCAUUGGCAUCUUUGAGAACUACACUAAUGUGGAGAAGGAGUUUGUAAAAUUGACAAGCUGAUAAAACACUGUGGCAGAAUGGAAACUUGUACUGAAACAACAUUUAACUUGGGGACCAAGUUUUUUUAAAUCUAAAGAGAAUACAUGGCAAGCACAGGAAUAUUUAAUUGAGGGAACAAGUGAUGAGGCGUCACGAGUUGAGAAAUUAACGUGUAAGUUAGGAGAUUGGUGUGUACUGAGGAAUAUAUGUGCCAGUGUCUUGCCAGCUGGAUGCUUUCUUGGUUCUAAAUGAUGUCUGUUGUAUGACUGAAAGCAGAUUAAAGCUAUUUUCUUUUA